CCGAGCCGGCCUAUCGCAACCCAAACUCCAAAUCCCUCUUAUCCCCUCGAAGCCACCCCCACCCGUCCAUUACCCCCUCCUCUUCCCCCAAUGGCUCCUCCUCCCCUCUUCUCGCCGGCGUCGGCGCCCGCCGCCUCGCCGGCCCUCUUCUCGGCCUCCACCUCCCGCCCUCUCUUCGUCACCGCCGCCUCCGCCGUCUCAGCCCGGACUCCGUCUUCAAGGAGGAGGUGGGGAUCCCGCCGCCGCCUCACCGUGCGCAAUGUCGCGGCCCCCGAGGCCUCGACCGCCACCAAGGCGGCGGGGGGCGCCAAGGAGAGCCAGCGGCCGGUGUACCCGUUCCCGGCCAUCGUGGGGCAGGACGAGAUGAAGCUCUGCCUCCUGCUCAACGUCAUCGACCCCAAGAUCGGCGGCGUCAUGAUCAUGGGCGACCGCGGCACCGGCAAGUCCACCACCGUCCGCUCCCUCGUCGACCUGCUCCCGGACAUCAGCGUCGUCGUCGGCGACCCGUUCAACUCCGACCCUUACGACCCGGAGGUCAUGGGGCCCGAGGUCCGCGACCGCGUGCUCAAGGGCGACAGCCUCCCCGUCACCACCGCCAAGAUCACCAUGGUCGACCUGCCCCUCGGCGCCACCGAGGACAGGGUCUGCGGCACCAUCGACAUCGAGAAGGCCCUCACCGAGGGUGUCAAGGCGUUUGAGCCUGGAUUGCUUGCCAAGGCCAAUAGAGGGAUACUGUAUGUCGAUGAGGUCAAUCUGCUCGAUGAUCAUCUGGUGGAUGUGCUGCUGGAUUCCGCCGCUUCCGGGUGGAACACCGUCGAGAGGGAGGGUAUCUCUAUCUCCCAUCCGGCGCGUUUCAUCCUCAUUGGGUCCGGUAACCCGGAGGAAGGUGAGCUCCGUCCGCAGCUGCUCGACCGGUUUGGGAUGCAUGCGCAGGUUGGUACGGUCAGGGAUGCCGAGCUCAGGGUGAAGAUUGUGGAAGAGAGGGCUCGGUUCGACAGGGACCCAAAGUCGUUCCGUCAGUCCUACUUGGAGGAGCAAGAGAAGCUCCAGGAGCAGAUCACAUCUGCUCGGGGUAACCUUGGUUCUGUGCAGCUUGACCAUGAUCUUCGCGUUAAGAUAUCCAAGGUGUGUGCCGAGUUGAAUGUGGAUGGAUUGAGAGGAGACAUUGUGACUAACAGGGCUGCCAAGGCCUUGGCUGCCUUGAAAGGAAGGGACACUGUCACAGUGGAGGACAUCGCAACUGUUAUUCCCAACUGCUUGAGGCAUCGGCUCCGUAAAGACCCGCUUGAAUCAAUCGACUCAGGUUUGCUUGUCAUUGAGAAGUUCUAUGAAGUCUUUAGCUAGAUUAUUCUCGAGGUAAAUGUUUUUCUGUUACAAAGUUUGGCAGGAGGCUUUUUGUCGGGCUGUUCAAAAUACUAUUUAUGAGGCUUGAACCUUUUGAUUUCUACCUGUGCUUCUAGCAUGAUAGUGUACAUUGCAUACCACUUUGUUGUGAACUAGAGAGGUCAGCGUGCUCUGCUGCGCCCAGUGAUUCAGUGCGAUUGCUAUUCACCCUA